GGUGGCUGACGACUGUUUUAUGGGCCGCUUCCCCAUCCUCCCACCACACAUCUAUACGGUGUUGGUACGGUCACACAAUGGACUGUCGACGUUAAACAUCCCGCUCAAGACCUCCGAGAUUGUGUAUGGAUUUAAUGAUGAUGAAAAAGAAGAAGUUCAAAUUCAAGGUGAAUUUUGAGCUGGACGAGCUCUCGUCGGUUCCGUUUGUCAAUGGAGUCCUCUUCUGUAAAGUCAGACUCUUGGACGGCGGAUUCUCCGAAGAGUCUUCUAGGGAACCAGUCCAGGCCAACUGUGUGCGAUGGCGGAAGAGGUUCUCAUUCCCCUGUAAGAUGAGCGCCAAUGCAGGAACUGGUGUAUUGGAUCCCUGUGUGUGUCGCGUUUCAGUCAGAAAGGAGCUGAAGGGGGGGAAGGCAUAUGCUAAGCUGGGUUUUGCAAAUCUGAAUUUAUCUGAGUUUGCCGGCUCAGGCAGCACAACCCGAAGAUGUCUACUGGAGGGUUACGAUACCAAAAAUACUCGCCAGGAUAACUCCAUUCUUAAAGUUAUCAUCAGUACUCAGCUCAUGUCAGGAGAUCCCUGUUUUAAAACGCCUCCUUCUACUGCAACAGUGAUUGGCAUCCAGGGUGAUGGAGAAAGUCUGCUGGAAGAGCGGAAGGGAGGGGACUCACAAACAGCCUCUUCUGCAGAGAGUCGAGAAGUCAAGUGUCCUGUGGCGUCUGAUGAUCUUGCUGUCUGUGGCCACUCGCGGACUUCCAGCUAUGCUAGCCAACAGUCCAAACUCUCAGGCUACAGUACCGGCCACUCUCGCUCCUCCAGCAUGUCAGACUUUAGUCAUCGUAGGAACCAUUCAGUAGGCAGCGCCUCAACAGGCAUCGGCAGCAUCCCAGAACCAAAUGAGGACAGAGAAGCUAGGCCCUGUCCUGCUCUCCCUGAACAUCCUCUUUCCACCACCAACUCCAGCAACUCUGUGGGUUCUCCAGUUCGGAGCGCCUCGUCUUGUGAGCGACUCAACAGGCAUCCAGUCAAGCAGGACUCUAUGGAGUCGCAGCUGAAAAGAAUGGACGAUACUCGAGUGGAUGCUGACGACGUAGUGGAAAAAAUCCUCCAAAGCCAAGAUUUCACACCGAGCCUUCUGGACUCCAGUGCAGAGGAGGAGGGGCUACGUCUGUUUGUUGGGCCUGGAGGAAGCACCGCUCUUGGAAGCCAUCAUCUUCCUACCAGAGUCGGUGGCGGAGCGUAUGAGCAGGUGGUGAUAAAGCGCUAAACUGCAUCAAGAAAAAAACAAAAACAACUGAAAGCAGGGUUUGGCCUGGUCAGUCUUAGCUCUCUGCUUGAGCCGCACACCAAGUGGUAGACGUUACAGCAGCGCCCUCUUGUGUUCAUACUUGGAACUGAACACAAGCUUUCUUUUGACUGUGUCGCAGUGGGAUCACGUUCAAAUUCAAUGUGAUUUUUUUUUUUCCUGGUUUAAUUUUAUAAGGGCUGUCUGUGCACUGUACACCGUUUUAACCAACGUUUAAACCAAAAAACUGGAAAAAUUGAUCUGAGUGGAGAAACGAUCCAAGGAGAUGCCGCCAUGCAAUUUCAAUACAUUCCAUUGAAUUCUGUAGUAAUAAUUGUCAGUGUUUUCCGACUUCCCUUUAAAAUUCUAUUUAAUUACGGUAUAUGUUUGCCUUGAAUCUGCUAAGAGGCUGUUGUUAGAAGCACUCUGAAAGUUUUUUGUUUUUUUUAAAGAAUAUUUUACUACAAAUACCAGGUGCCAGACUGUGUAUGUGUGUAUGUGUAAGACCACUUUUAGCUUUAUUUACAUUUAUUUAGUAUCAGGGUUGAUGAUUGCUAUUUCAAUACAUUCCUACAAAAAUUGUGAAAACUACUCACCAUAUUUACCAUAGAAAAUGAUGCCGUACCAACUUGCCCUGCAUGCAGUAGUGAACUAUAUUUGGCUCCAUACUUGGCUACAAAUAAAGAACUGAAGCAUUUAGGACUAGGCCAGUGGUGUCCAAUGUGCAGCCUGGGGGCCAUUUGCCGACAGCGGCGUUUUUUUUUUUGUUUUUUUUUUAACAUUUUUUAAUUGGCUCGUGGCACAUCGUAAAAAUAUAAUUUAACAGGGGAAAAAAAACUGAAAAAAAUGGAAAAAUCUGCAGUAAUUGUACAAUAAUAGUCAUAAUAUUAAGAAAAAAUGCAGUUUUACAUAAAUAACGUAAUGUGAGGAAAAAUAUCAUUUUAGUAGCAUAAAGUUGAAACAUUAAAGAAAGAUGUUAUAUUUUUCCAAGUUGUAAUAUUAUGAAAAACAAAACAACGAAUAAAGCUUAAUAAAUUAGGUUGUGUAAUAAGUUAUGUUACAAGAGUAAAGGGAAAAAUUUAUGGGAAUACUGUAAAGUCAUAAUUCCGGGAAGAAAAUUUACAAGUUGAAGUAGUUGUAACAUUAAAAAAAAAAAAAAAACAGCAGAAAUAAAAAAUAAGGCCAAAUAUUGAGGAAAAAAAGUUUCAAUUUUAUAAGACUAAGCUUGUAAUAUGAGGAAAAAUGUAAUUUUAUUAGCAAAGUUGAAAUAUUAAAAGUUUUUUUUUUAAGUUGUAACAUGAGAAACAACAAAACAAAAUAAAGGUUUUUUUAAAUUAGACUGGGGAAAGUUAUAUUGUGAAUAAAGUCAUAUUACAAGAAGAACAUUUGCAAAGAUUAUUCAAGAAGAAAGUUGAAAUAUUUGGAAAUGAAGUGGGGAGAAAAAAAAGAGCAAAGACCAAAGUUCAUACUAAUAUAAUAAUACCGUAAUAUGCUUUCUCACCUAUAUCACACAGCUGAGAAGCAGUUUUUUUCUUGAAAUAUAUAUAUAACCUCUUCGCAUAUCUUUACAAAAUAUCAGUAUUUGGCACAUGGUGGAAAAGGUUUGGACACCCCUGACUCAGGCUAUGUAUGCCUCCCAGGUUGCAAUAACUAUUAUUUUGACCUUUUAAAGAACUAGUCAUCUUUAAAUCAGUCAUUCAACAGUAUUCCAAUUGUCACACAACAUGACACUUAUCACAACAAGCCUGACAGUGGCUGAAAUAAGCGCUUUUGUUGAGAGCCAAAUAUCUGGCGUAACCUUGGACAGCCCAGUUGUUGCACAGAAGACUGUGUAUUCAAUAGUCUGUCUAUGUAUAUUUAUAAUCUGCAAAUGGAAUUGUGUCACUCUUUAGUUUUGACUCAAGCAACAGCUUCAAGUGUUUAAAAGCCUCAGUGAUUAAAAGACAAGCACAGCUGCUUUUCUGUUUUACGGUUAUUCCUGCAUCUUUAAAAUUAGGAUAUACAUCUAAUGUACCGACAUUUACAGAAGUUUAUGAUGUAGUGCAUACAUGACAUACUGUAUUAGCUUGACAUUAGUUGAAUAAAUAGGGAAAAUGUGGCACAUCAGCAAUAUAAUUAAUAUGCAACUUACACAAGGAAGGAAAAUACAAUGCAAAGCAACUCUUACGUUUGAAAAGAUCCAGACGAGUCUCAUUUUGGCUGUUAUGAAUUCUAAAGGCUAACUUUUAGGAUCAAAUGGUGUAAAGUAUCAAAAGUAUACUGUUUAAGAUGGAAGUCACAAACCGGUGUGGUGUCUUUGUGUCUAUUCUGCAUUUGUGUUUUGCAUGAUUGUCAUACAAGUCAGAUCCGUGACAUCUUAUGAAGAAUACUUCACCACGGAAGGAUCAUUUUAAGGCAGACGUGUACGCAAAGUGAUGUAUAUUUAUAACAGUCUGUGAUUUUAUUUUUUUUGUUCAAUAUGAUUUCGCUGUCAUGUUGAAAAUUCCACAAUAUCACUGUGUUUGAUACAGUAAGUAUAUUCAACAUUGUGCCAUUUUUGCUUGGAAAAGUGUUCUGUUGUGUAGUUAGUAUUAUAUUUUGUAGAGAUGUCCUUGCUUUGUUUUAUGGACACUUGUUUUACCUGAGUGACACUGGAGUUCACGUAGGUAACUACCAUGUUGUUGCAAACAUGAUUGCGUCCUCUCUUCUGUGAAGCUGUUGUCUAUAUAAAAGUGUAACUUGUAUUUUUCCUGUGAAGUGAUGUACUGCGCUGUUUAAACACUGUCCAGUGUAUUUGCUUCCUUAAACUGUGCUGGAUGCUUAUGAUGUGUACCUUACACUGUUGAGAAUUUCAAAAGAAACACAUGGGAAUAAAACUGCUCAUGCAGACAGUUAUUUUUAUU